CCCGCCAGAUCGACAACAAACUAUUUAAAAUGACUAAUUCACAACGUCCUUAUUUUAUCUCCAAGCAGGCAAUAUAUGUACAGAAAGGUUUCGUUAAAUUAAGCUCUUUUAUCGGUACAUAUAUGCUUAGAUUAGGGGGAUAAAAAGAUAAACCAUUUUCCGGCGCGGGAAAAUCGUAAAAAACACGGAAGUUCUUGCUUGCUCGCUCAAUGAUGUCACUGUUGUGCGCUCCUACCUCACAUUUUCACUCACAACCCGAUUGAAAUGAGACUCGUAAACAAUGUUUAGCUUCGCCGAACAUCUUCCGAAGUCAUUCUGACAUUUUGGACCAAAGCUUUUGGUCCUACUAUGGAUCGCUAUAACGAGGUGAAACUGUUGCUGAAAAGCUGGGAGCAGGGCUUUUUCAAGGAGCAGCAGAGGAAACCCGCUAAGGAGGACAUUGAUGAAGCUUCAGAGGACACCAAGAAUUUAUACAGAGAGUACCGCAGUUUGAAACAGGCCAAAGAGAAUAGCAGCAGCAGUAGUACUUGUUCAACCAGAAAUAAUACUGAACAGUCAGGAUCUGCACCCCAGAAGGACUGCUGGGGUUCUCAUCUGAAUCGCAGUGCGUUACCAGCGUCUUCGCCCCAACCCCUUACCGCCCUCGACAGAGAUGCUCUGAAGGCCUCGGCGCAAUACUACGGCCUCAAACUGAAGAACAAUCUGGCGACGCUGACUUAUAAGAACACCAACGCUGUCGCAACGUCCCCUGUUGCAGAAUCUAGCCCAUUUUCACCAAGGCGUGUGAAGCCAACCUCGGGAGCCUUGGUCUCCAAUAAGCCCGAUCUGGCGGACCCUGAAGAACCUCUUGAGCAGUUUCCACCCAUUCUAGAACCUUCCAAAAGUUCUACUAGUUUUGGUAGGACUCAGGUGUGUACCAUCUCCAGUGGAGAUGGAGAAAAAGACUCGGGGACUUCAGAUGGAGGCCUUGGACCCCUAAGUCUUGGAAGACUUGGAGGAGCCGCCACUGCGGCAAGGCCUUCGCCCGCCAACCGGCUGAUCUCAGUGGACAGAAAGUGGCUGGAGAGGUGUCAGGUUUUUGGUGAGCUGGGAGCUGAAGAGAAGCCCCGGGCGGGAAACCAGGAGGAUCGUCAGCCAGGCGGGAAAGACGAGGAGAAACGAGUUAAGGAGAAAGAUGCCACGACCAACACUCCGGUAAAUCUUGAUCCACGUCCCGUGAAAAUGAAGGAAAAUACAGAAGACCCGGUGCCACCGGAAAAUGUCAGUGGGAGUCCUCCAAAGAAGAGCGUGAAGAAGAGGCAGCGAGAAGGAGAGGCGAUAGAGGAAGGGGGAGCCCGGAAGAGGAGGAGGAAGAAGAACGAAGAUGGAGGUGAGAAGAAGAACGAGGAGAAUGCCGAGGAAGGAAACGGGAAGAAGAGGCGCAGAAAGAAGGGAAAAGAAGACGCAGAAGCCGAGAAAGACAAAGAGACCAAGGCAUCAAAGAAGGUCCCUCAGGAGAACCUACUUGGAGAAAUCGAGGAGGAGUUUGGUACAAGGAGAUCAUAUGCACAGACUGUCAGAGCCAGAGGCUCCAAAGCGACCGAGGGCAACUUUGUGAAGAUCAAUCUGAAGAAGAAAUCUCACGUCAAAGGAUAUGCACUGAGAGGGAUGGCCCUACGCAAACAAUUGUACAUGCAGAAGUUCCAACUGAAAAGCGAACGUUUCGGUGGCGGUGGCAGCUGUUUUGGCAGAGGCUGGCGCGGCGGCUUCCGCGGCGGCCACAGUCGCCAGGGCGACACCUGCUACAAGUGCGGGGGCACGGGACACUGGGCGGUCCACUGCAAGGGACCAGCGCCGCCGCCUGCCGCUCCCGAGGAGCAGCCCGUCGAGGAGGAGGAGCCCUUUGAGUUGCCCACCCUGGAGGAAGUCGCCAGGGCGACGGGAACGCUGCAGCCACAGCCACAAGCUCCCGGUUUCAAAGAACAGCAAGAACCAGACGACAACAAAGACGAAGCUCUGCUCAACGUGAUCCGUCCCGACUACGAGUGUCCGGCACCUCCGACGCCCGUCGAGCCGCUUUACGGCCUCACCGAUGAUGGCAAAGUUCAGGCGACACCGGAUGAGGUCUCGGCUGCUCUGCGAGAACUCGGCUACAGCUCGUUCAGGGCGGGGCAGGAGGAAGCCAUCAUGAGGAUCCUGUCAGGUCUGUCCACCUUGGUGGUGUUGUCAACAGGGAUGGGGAAGUCGUUGUGCUAUCAGCUGCCAGCUUACUUGUAUGUCAAGCGGUCCAACUGCAUCACCCUGGUCAUUUCCCCUCUCGUCUCGCUCAUGGAUGACCAGCUCUCUAGCCUGCCAGCCAAUCUGAAAGCAGCCUGCAUCCACUCCAACAUGACAAUGAAACAGCGAGAAGCUGCGAUACAAAAGGUAAAAGCAGGUCUGGUGUGUGUGCUGCUGCUCUCCCCCGAAGCGCUGGUUGGCGGCGGCGGCUCCAGUUCUGGGUGCCUGCCCUCGGCGCAGGAGCUCCCCCCCGUGGCCUUUGCUUGCAUCGACGAAGCCCACUGCGUGUCAGAGUGGUCGCACAACUUCCGGCCCUGCUACCUCAGGCUUUGUAAGGUGUUGAGGGAGCGCUUGGGCGUGCGCUGCUUGCUCGGGCUCACGGCCACGGCCACGUUGUCUACGGCUCUGGAUAUCGCCCAGCACCUGGACAUCCAAGACCAGGACGGCAUUGCGGUCCGAUCCACCGCCGUGCCCGCAAACCUGCAACUGUCUGUGUCCAUGGAUCGGGAGAAGGAUCACGCUCUGGUUUCCUUGUUGAAAGGCGAUCGUUUCGGCUGCCUGGACUCUGUCAUCGUCUACUGCACCAGGAGAGAGGAGACGGCUCGUGUUGCCGCGCUGCUCAGGACCUGCCUGCAGGGGGUGCUGCUGAAAAAAAAUAAAUACAUCAGCGACAGCCAAGCACAAGUCAAUCCAUUCGGACAAAAGAAGAAAGAACUUGCAAGGAAGAAGAUUCGUAAACCUCUGAAGUGGCAGGCCGAGUCGUACCACGCCGGCCUCUCUGGGUCGGAACGCCGCCGGGUUCAAAACAACUUCAUGUGCGGCGAGCUCCGGAUCGUGGUGGCCACCGUGGCGUUUGGCAUGGGCCUGGACAAAUCGGACGUGCGGGGCAUCAUUCACUACAACAUGCCUAAGAGCUUCGAGAGUUACGUCCAAGAAAUCGGGAGAGCGGGGAGAGACGGAGAACCAGCACACUGUCACCUCUUCCUUGAUCCCGACGGUAUGGACCUCCACGAGCUGCGGCGUCACAUCUAUUCCGACACGGUGGACUACUACACGGUGAAGAGGCUGGUCCAGAAAGUAUUCCCGCCAUGCAAAUGCAAACAAAUCCACCAGAAACAACAAGAACUGAUCCAGGAGGACGUCUGUGACGCCGAGCUGUUGGCGGUGAUGGAGAUGUGCGAUCAGGAAAGCAGCCGCGACACACCCGCCCGGCAGGAGGUGCUACAUUCCACAGAGAGCGAGCAAGAAGAGGUCAAUUCAGACACUAAAAAUGUCAAUGUGGAGUUUGCGGGUGACCAGGAAGUAGAACGCUCCUCUGACUGGCCGUUGGAGCGAGUGUGUCACACUCAUGAAAGAGCUGUCCCCAUCCAGGAGACUGUGGAGACACUGGACAUCACAGAAGAAGGUAUCGAAACGCUGCUGUGCUAUCUGGAGCUCCAUCCACAGCGCUUUGUGGAGCUUCUCCACCCCACGUUGUCUGUGUGCAAAGUCAGCUGCUAUGAAGGACCCAGACAGCUCCGGAAAAUCACUAAAAUCUGCCCGCCUGUCGCCGUGGUGCUGGCUCGGAGGCGCAUGGGCGGCCAGCGAGUGGAGUCGUGCGACCAGCUGGAUUUUGACGUGGUGGAGGUGGCCGACACGAUGGGAUGGCAGCUCCCCCUGGUCAAGAGGGGACUCAGACAGCUGCAAUGGAGCACGGGUAAAGCUGGCGGGCGGAGCGGCGUCCACGUGGAGUUCUCUUCCCUGUCCUUCUACUUCCGCUCCUACGGCGACCUGAGCGACGAGGAGCUGGACAGGGUGUGCCGGUUCCUCCACAAGCGAGUGCAGGAUCGAGAGAGGUGCAAUCUCUACCAGCUGAGCGCCUGUUUUAAGGCUUUCAAAAGUGUGGCCUUUAAAAGCGUAUUGUCCUGCGUGGAUAACCUGGACGAGAAUCGCAGUCUUCAGCUGAAGGACCUCCUGUCCGACUACUUUGACAAGCGACGGGGCAGGGACUUCACCCUGGACCCACUCAACCUUGAGGAGAGUCUGGACCAGUACAAGCUCUUGGACUGGGAAAAUCAGAUCAGAGGGGACAUAAGGAGCUUCCUGUCCAACAGAAGUGACGAGAAGUUCUCGGGAAGAGCCGUUGCCCGAAUCUUUCACGGCAUCGGAAGUCCGUGCUAUCCCGCCCAAACUUACGGCAGAGACCGACGCUACUGGCGGAAGUACAUCCAGUUUGACUUCAACCAGCUCAUCAAGCUGGCCACUCAAGAGAUCAUUCGAUUCAAGUAAAACACUCCCUGUUUACUUAUUGUGUGUGUCAAUGUGUUUCUUUGUAUAGGAAUAAAAGAUUUAUUUUCCUUGG